AUAUAAAGAGGCCGCGAUCGUAUUCCGAAUUUCAGUGGUGUUUUCAGGGUCUUUAGUAUUUUCGGAGUUUCGUUGACACUCAAAAAUAACAAUCGGCAAGAUGCGUUUACUUUCGAUCAUUUUUUUUGUCGUUAUGUGCGUGAUCAUUGACAAGGUGACUGGGGCAGAGAUCAAAGUUUUUGCCAAGCAAGUGAAAACGAAAAUCUUCCCUGGACAGAAUCUUCUGUCAGCUAAGACACCGAUUACGGACGGCGACAAUAUAAUUUGGCACAAAAGUUUCGCUACAGACGUCCUCUUCUUUGGUGGCGAAGCGCAAUACAAUGAAGGAAAUAUUGUCAAAACUGUGAAAUUGGAUUGGAACGAGGGUAUUGACAUUUGUGAGGAAGUCGAUGACGGUUCGUUGUUCGAUCUGGCGGGACAAUUAUUACGGAAAUCAUGGCUUCCCCUUGGUUCUUGUCCUGUCAACAAGGGCUCUUUCAAAGCGAAAAAUCCGUUCGGACCUACAGACGUGUCCGUAUCGCAAAAGUCCCACCGGUAUGUCUUCAAACUACAAGUUGGAUUUUCUAGAGAUCAAUUGGUUUUUGAAACGGAAUACUACGUGCAGCUUGCGGGUCAAUAAACUACGACUUGAAGUAUAUUUGUAUUUCUCCGAUAUUCCGGCAACGUCAAUAAAUCAGCGACAACUGAAAA